AUAAAGGUUUCUGAGAGCUCACUCUGCAAAGUGAUUCUUUUCCUUCGUGUUUAUCAAUAGAUUCCAUUCCUUUCUUCUUCACAUAGUAGUAGACGGUAGACACCGUUCCCUGUUCACUACAAAAAGAAGAUGUGGACCUUAAAUUCCCUGGGAAAGAAAUCAAAUUAUGAAUCAAAUUCUGCGAUUUUGUCAAUUUUCCAUUUCAUGGAAUAAUGUCUGGAGUUUUUUCAACGCAGAAAGAAUAUUCUCUGGUUUAUCAUUUAAGCAAUCAUCUUCUGUGGGAAGAAAACUCCCUGAGAAGCGGUCUGUUUUCUUAGUUUAAUAAAUGGGAGUUCCAGUUUUUAGGCGCUAAUUAUCAGUCUUGCUGUUGAACAUUCCCAGUUAUAUAUCCUGAUUCCAUUCACGGAAUUCCUAGCGGAGGGUCGAGUCCAUGGACCUGGUGCUGACCACUGUAGGGACGAAGGUCCUAGAAACCUUAGUGGAUCAGUUUUUGCAGGUCAUUGUUGAUGCCAAGAACAAAGCAGUACAGUACACGGAUAUCCUCAAUCAGAUGCAAAAGAGGGUGAACUCCAUAGCUCCACUUGUCAAGCAGAUUGAGGAACUGAACACCACCCUCAACCGCCGCAAUGAUGAGGUAGAGAAGCUGGUCGACCUCCUUCAGAGUGGCCAAUCUCUGGUGAAGAAGUGCACUGAGAAGGUCCGCUGGUGGAACUGCUGCUUCAAGAGGCCGUCCUAUGCUGGGGAGCUCCUGAAGCUCGAAGAGGAACUGAAUAGGUACUUCCAGGAAAUUGUGCAGCUGCAGCAGAGAAGGGACCAGAUGGAGAUGUUGGUGAAGAUCAAUCAAAUCCAUGCUGCUUUCCCCGGGACAGGGGGAUAUGGUGGUUGUGCUGUUCCUGAAGCACCAAAAUUUGUAGUUGGACUUGAAGUACACCUUAUGGAGUUGAAGACACGUCUGCUCACAAGUAAUGGUACUCGAAUGAUCAUAGUAUCUGCUUCUGGAGGAUGUGGGAAGACUACUCUUAUUACAAAGCUAUGCCACGAUGAAGAAAUUAAAGGCCAUUUUGGAGACCGAAUUUACUUCGUGACCCUUUCUCGGACACUUCAAGUGAAGCGGAUCGUACAAAGGAUUCUUCAACAAACGGAACAGCCGGUAUCAGAAUUUCAGAGCGAUGAAGACGCUGUGAAUCAACUGGGGCAUCGGCUGAGGAAAGUGGCAACUAAGGGUAUGGGCUGCUGCUUCUUGUCUGUCCCUACCCUAAAGAAAUUCAAAUUGAAUCUAAAGCAACAAAUAAGUCCUAUCCUGCUGGUCCUGGACGACGUUUGGUCCGGUGCAGAAGCCUUCUUAGAAAAUGUUCAGUUUGAGAUAGAAGGUUAUAAGAUUCUCGUGGCAUCAAGGUCUGUGUUCCCAAGAUUUGGGUGCACGUACCCCCUGACAGGAUUGAACCAUGAAGAUGCGAUGAGGCUCUUCCAUCUAGCUGCAGGCCUGCGAGAUGCAGAGACUAAUAUACCCAACGAAAUUGUGGAAAAGAUUGUCAAGGGCUGUAAGGGACUGCCUUUGGCCCUAAUGGUGGUGGGCAGAUCACUAUGCAGUCAGCCGCUUGCAGUUUGGAAGAAAAAGGAACAAGAAUGGUCCAGCGGCAGCUCUAAACUAGGGACUGAGGAAGACAUCUUCAACUGUCUCCGCAUGAGCUUGGAUGUACUGAAAGAUAAGGAUCCUAUCAAGCAGUGUUUCCUAGACCUGGGAUGCUUUCCUGAGGACCAGCGGAUCCCUGUGACUGGGCUUAUUGACAUGUGGGAGGAAUUACACGGCUUUGAUGGAGAUGGUGUGAGCGCCAUGGACACAAUUUACAAACUCUGCCACCGGAAUCUCACCAGUCUUACUCUCGUAAGGGGAAAUGCAAAUGAGGUUGAUAACUGGCACGGUGGGCAAUUCGUUACGGUGCAUGAUCUUCUCAGAGAGCUAGCCAUCAACCUGGGUUCACAGAAGGAAGAUGGACUCACUGAAAGGCUUAUUAUAAGCAUCGCCAAUGGUAACUUCCCGAACUGGUGGAAGGAUCAAAAGCUUCACCCCACGAGAGCUCGGCUUCUAUCUAUCACUACAGAUGAGACAUUCUCAUCGGAGUGGCUCAACCUGGAAGCCCCUGCAGCUGAAGUACUCAUCCUGAAUUUCCAGUCGAAGAAUUAUACUUUGCCUGGAUUUAUUGAAAAGUUGGAGAAAUUGAAGGUUCUUGUAGCGACAAACUACGGCUACAGCCCAACUGAGUUAAGUAACUUUCACCUUAUUGGUUCUCUAUCCGCCCUCAGGAAGAUCAGACUGGAGCAUGUUUCAAUCCCUUGCCUCGGAAAAUUCCCCACACAACUCAACAAUCUCCAAAGAGUAUCGGUGGUGAUGUGUAAGAUAGAUGCGGCAUUUAAAAAUACCAACCUUUGUUACGUGCUCCCAAAUCUGGUGGAGAUUAAUAUUGAUUACUGUGAUGAUUUGGUGGAAUUGCCUGAAGAUAUAUGCGAGCUCUCCCUUCUUCGGAGGCUUAGCAUCACCGGCUGCCAUAACCUGUCUUCGCUUCCUGAAGCAAUCGGUGAACUGGCCAAUCUGGAAGUUCUAAGGCUUACUUCUUGCACAGGUCUAGAAAUGUUACCUGAAUCAAUCGGGAGCCUCAGAAAAUUGACGGUGCUCGACAUUUCAGAUUGUUUGCACAUGGAUAAAUUGCCCCAUCAAAUUGGCAAUCUGCACAGCCUGCAAAAGCUGUACAUGCGGAAGUGUUUAAGUUUGCAAGGGCUGCCUGAGUCGAUGGCGAAUCUCCAGCAAUUGAAGGAGGUCAUUUGUGAUGAAGAGAGAGCGAAUCUCUGGAGAACCUUUGAAAGGACACCAAAGAUAAAGAUAACCAAAGAAGACAUAAACUUGAACUGGUUAUAGUCUUAUAGAAUCAGUAUUGCAACUGAACAUGUGCCUGAAUGUAACCUCUGUACGUAGCCGUUAUAUGAACGAAUGCAAAUACUAAGCUUUCUAUUCCAAUGUGGAAUUUAAAACAA